AUAUAUAUAUAUAUCCUUUCUCAGGCUUCUACCAGUAAACCAAAUAGACAAGAAUGGGGGAAGAAGAAGAACGAGAGGAAGAAGCUCAGCGGCUGAAGUCUCUAGCAGAGGCCAAGUACAAGGACAACAAGCUCAAAUUAGCUCUCAAAUAUGCGAAGCGGGCCCUACGCCUCUGCCCGAAUCUCGAUGGCCUCUCCGCGAUGGUCACCUCCGUUGGCAUCCUGCGUGCGGCUUCCAAAUCUACCGCGGUACCCGAGUGGUACAAGAUCCUUCAGGCUGAGCCAUUCUGCCAUUUCAACACCAUUAAGAAGCAGUACAAGAAGCUUGCUCUCCUUUUACACCCGGAUAAGAACCCCCAUGUUGGUUCUGAGGAGGCCUUCAAGCUUGUCAAUGAGGCGUUUCGAUUCCUUUCGGAUAAAAUUAGGCGCAAGGAGUAUGAUAUGAAGCUCAGGAUUCAGAUUCAGGAUGAGAAAAUGAAGGAAAGCGAGGAAUCUGUUAGGGGGGAUACGUUUUGGACUGCGUGUUCGACGUGCCGGCUGUUGCACCAGUUUGAGAGGAAGUAUUUGGGGCAUAAUUUGGUUUGCCCGAGUUGUAGAAAAAGCUUCGAGGCCGUCGAGGUUGGGACUGAUGAAGAUGGUGGUGGGGAAGAUGGGAUUAAUACUGUUGGGGCUAGAAGUGAGAGACCGAAGAGGAGGAGUUCAGGGGAUGGUGAGGGAAUAAGCCCUUCAAUUUCUAACCUGAAAAUUGGUGGCGUUCGAUCGGGGAGAAGAGUGGUCAGUAGUGAAAAGUCUAAGGGAAGGGCAAAGACUGAGGAAUUGAAGAGGAAAGGUGAAAAAGAAAUUGGAGAUUUGAAGAAGGAAGCCAGUAGUGGAGAAUGGAGUAGUGGGAGAUUGAGGAAGAGAAUGAGUAGUGUUGGGGAGAUCAUGGAGAGGUCUGAGCCGAAGAGGGUCAAAAUAGAUGAAGGGACAAUGACACUAGCCGAGCUUCAGUCUCAAGUCAAGCAAAAAGCUCGGGAGCAAAGGAUGAGAUUGAAGUUAAAGGAGAGGAAAGAGAAGGAUAAAGAAAAGGAGGAGAGGAAAGAAAGGGAGAAGGAGAAUCAAAAGGAGAGGGAGAAGGAGAAUCAAAAGGAGAAGGAGAAUGAGAAACAAAAGGUGGAGAAGGAGAAGCAUAGAGAACAGGAGAAAGAGAGGCGUGAGGUUCCAAAGCGCAACAGGAAUUUGGUGGCUGAGAGAGACUCGGUGCUAAAGAAGAGUAAGGAUUUAGAAUUGGUAAACCCUGCGGCGUCGAAGAAGAGUUUGCGUUCAGGAUUAGAGAGGUGUAGAGGGUCAAGAGAUAGUGAUACAGAGAUAAUGGCGGUGGAGGAUUCCGAUUUUUAUGAUUUUGAUAAAGACAGAGUUGAGAGAAGCUUCAAGCAAGGACAGGUCUGGGCUAUAUACAGUGACGAUGAUGGGAUGCCGAGAAAUUAUGGUUUGAUCGAUGACGUUGUUUCUGUGAAUCCUUUUGAGGUGAAGCUAAGUUGGUUGGAUCUUCAGAGUAGUGGAGAUGAGGGACUACGUUGCUGGGAGAGAAUGGGGUUUCAUCUCUCUUGUGGGAGAUUUAAAGUUUCUAGGAAAACUUCUAUUAAUUCUUUGAAUAUCUUUUCUCAUGCUGUGGAUUGUGAAAGAGCAGCUAGGGAGGUUUUUAGGAUUUAUCCGAAGAAAGGCUCUAUCUGGGCACUUUAUAAGGAGUCAACUUUUAGCAGAGAAGGAAGAAACCUUUCUGUUAGGGACAGAAGGCGCUACGACAUUGUUGUGUUCUUAACAACAUACAGUGAGAUGCACGGUCUUAGCAUGGCGUAUCUUGAGAAGGUUGACGGGUUUAAGACGAUAUUCAAGAGACGCGAAAUUGGUUCCCAUGCCAUUAGGUGGCUAGAGAAAGAUGAUAUUCGAUUGUUCUCGCACCAAAUUCCUGCAAGGAAGCUCUCUGGCGAUGAGGCUCCAGAACUUUCGAAAGAUUGUUGGGAGCUUGAUCCUGCUUCUCUUCCUGCAGAUCUGCUUUAGAGGUUUUGAUGGGGAUAUUUUGGUGCUGUUUGUGUAGUUUUUCUUUUUCGAUGUAGCGGGUUUAUGGUGGGAGAUACCAAUGCGACUAAACACCAAUUAGGUAACUGAUAAUUUUGUAGCCAAUGGAGGUUAUUUGUAUGAAAUCUAAUCAUUUCCUCGGCUUUAUCAGCCUGUUUGUAUAUAGGUGAAAAGUGAAGAAAAUGUUCAAUAUGUAGGACUAUGAACAGAUUUUUGAUCGUUGUGUUAUUUGUCUUACCAUGAUAGCAUUAGUUCAUAGAGUAAUAGAGCAUUCAAUGUUUUGUU